CUUUGAAACGAACAGUUCAAAAGAACCGAUCAAUGCAAAUGACUCGAACUUCGUAUGACUAGUUCAGACUGAAGUAAUCGAGCAUUGGUGAAGUGUGUUAGCGUCCUUAGCCUUUUGGCUAACAGCUCUGAGAAGAUGGCAUCCCCGGACCAACCUGACCACCAAAAUCAGACCGCUGCUCCGGCCAGAGAAGAGGCGCCUCCAAGAGAAGCGCUGAUUGCCACAGCAGUCAAGUUUCUACAAAACCAGCAAGUUCGUCAAAGCCCCCUGGCAACCAGAAAAGCAUUCUUGAAGAAAAAAGGUCUGACUGAUGAGGAGGUCGAUCUAGCCAUCCAGCGGUCCGGUAGUACAGAGGAACCGCUGACUGUAGCUGUUCCCGUACCCACGCACAUCGCUCACCCUGUUCCACUUGGCCCAUACAGUCCCUCAGGUUACAGAUGGAGAGACUACAGUGCCCUGGCUGUCAUCUUGGCAGGAAUGGCCUUUGGCUUCCAUCAUCUCUACCGGAAAUACAUCCUUCCCCUCAUUAUGGGCAGCAAAGAGGACAAGAAGCAUCUGCAGCGGAUCGAGAGCAACAUCGCGGAUAUGAGUGGCACGCUGACACAGACAGUCACCCAGUUGCAGAUAACCCUGGCUUCAGUGCAGGAGCUGCUGGUCCAGCAACAGAAGAAAAUACAGGAGCUGACACAAGAGCUGGCUAACUCACAGGCCUCAUCCACCACCAACCGCAUGUUGGAGUCUCAGAGCAUCAGUGAACUCAAGGCUGAGAUUGUAUCUCUUAAGGGUCUUCUUCUCAGCAGGAGACAGUUCCCUGCUUCACCCUCCGUUCCCAAAAUCCCAUCCUGGCAAAUCCCUCUCAAACCAGGAUCGCUGUCCAACCCACCCUCCGUCAACCACACCAACAGCAGUAGCGACAUCUCGCCCGUCAGCAACGAGUCGGCCAACUCCUCCCCCAUCAAAGAGGGCAACAGCUCCCAGGCCACCCCAUCCGGCUCGCACUGCUUGAACGGAGACGUGGGCCUGGGCUCCAUUCUCCCUCUGGACCUGAAAGACCAGGUCCGUAUGGAAGUCCAGGGGGAGGAGGAGAAGAAAGAGGACGAUGAGGACGAAGACGAGGAUGACGACGUGACCCGUGCGGAUGAGGAAGACCACCUGAGCGUGCAGACGGAGGACAGGAGAGGAGGCGACGGACAGAUAAACGAGCAGGUGGAGAAGCUGCGGCGUCCAGAGGGUGCGAGCAACGAGAGCGAGGUCGACUAGAAACAAAUUGCGGACUUCAUCCGUCCAUUGGCUUCUCUCGGUUUCCUUAGAGUUAAUUUAAGUUCUGAUAUCACACCCUCGUCGCAGUAAAACGGCUGCCGUGAACAUCACUUAAGACUGUACGAUAGCGGCAGGUGAGGUGGAUUAUGUUCCUUUCACUGCAGUUCUUUACCCUUUUGACUUUUCCACAUGCAAACUUUCAACGUGCAAACCAGAGUGAAGGCACAAACCUUCUGCAUGCCUGAACAAGCACAGCAACAGAAAUUUCUGGAAAGACGACAAGAGAAUUAUGACUUUUUCUUUUGCAAUCCAUACAUUUCCCCUAAAUGCUAGCUAGCUGUUUUACUAGAGACUGUAGUACUCCAAAAAAAAAUCCCAUUUAGGUGUACCAUAGCACUUCAAUACGUCAUCAAUUGCGGUGUAAGGACUAUAGACAAAUCAGAGGCACCAAAGAAAUUAGAAAGUUAUGAUCUGAGAUCUGUUUCUAUGCUGUUUCUUUUGUUUUGUUCAGCAGUAAACACUAGUUCACACAGUCCCACAGACCUUGUAGUCUGUCAUAGUGAACCAACUCUCCUUCAGACGUGUAGUACACCGGGCUUCAGCAGUCUGUGGAACAACGAGGCCUUGUAUUUUGUGUUUAGAGUGAUGGCGAAUUUGAGAUUUCUGUGAGAGAAAGGAAGAGAGAGAGCAAAACACGUAUGAGAAUGCAGACAAUGAGGCGAAAGAGAAAUGUGUUUGUCUUGGUCGUAUCUCUCCAGUCUCCAGCAGGGUAGCUGAUUUGGUUUAUGAAGUAUGUUAAUAAUCAAAUGAUCGACAAAUAACAGAUGUAUUAGUUCAUGCGGCUUGAAAUGUCAAGGAGGCUAAAAUCGGAAAUCUAAUACUGAAAGCCUGUUAUAUUGUAUUAUAUUACAUGACAAACCCUCCAGUCCAAAUUAUAUAGGCCUCCUGCAGUGAAUAAUCUUAACAUGAAACGGUGCUGGGGUUUUGUAAUUAAACUGUGUAAAACAAUGGAUGCUUCAGCGGAGGUGCUGACAGUUGUGCUUUUCUCUUUGGGGGCUUUUCUCUCAGAAAGUCCUGAGAGGAUUAAAAAAAAGGCGAAAAAAAAAAUUUCCCGUGAUGCAAAUGGAGAGUAACGUAUGAAUAUUUAACUAAUGAAAUUACUCACUCACCAGCUGAUGAGAAACAAAGCCAGAGAGAUCAUGGAGUGAGAACUAGAGUGUCAGAUCCAUUGUGACAUUUUCACUUUUAACAAAUGACCUUCAGAGUAACCGGAUUACAGCACAGCCAGGUGAAUUGUGGGUCUGUGGCGGCACAAUGCGAAGGCACAAUGAAAAAGCUCAAAUUGUCUAGCCAUGUUUGUAUGUCUUCUUACUCCCUAGACUAGGGUUGGCUUAACACUAACCCACACAAGAAAAGCGUAUAUUCAUAUGAUACAAUGUCAAGAGAAACGUGUGUUCAUUUGAUAUGCAGUGAUUUUUUAUUUUUUUCCUAAAACUUCCAAAAAAAAAUCCAAAUGUGAAGUGAACAUUAGAGGAAUAGUUCAACCCCCCCAAAAAACAAAGACAGCGAUUUACUUAAACCUUUAUAUGGCCUCUUUUUUAUUUUUGUGGAACGCAAAAGGAUACAUUUCGAAAAAAAAAAAAAUCAAACUGCUUCUUUCCGUACAACCACAGUUCAUAGCAACCACGUCUGUUAAAACUCCAAAAAUGACCCCAGAAACACCAUUAAAGAACCAGAUCAGUCCAAUUAAUUAAUGGUUUUUGAUCCGGUUCACAAAUCACACUACACAUUUUAUUCACAAAAUUUGACUGAUUUGACUGGUUCUUGAGUUAAACUCAAUACAGCCAGAGUGGUUCUCAAGUUAUCAGUUCUAGAACUGUUCAGACAAAGAACAGUAGUUUUGUCUUUUUUGGAGCUCAGCUGGUCACUAUGAACCGUCAUUAAAUAACUUACACACAAAAACUAGUCAAAAUAUAACAUUGUUUGUCCCGUAAAAAAAUGCUGUUUGGAAUGACAUGAAAUUGAAAAUUACAUGUUUUUUUUUUUUUUUUUGGUGAACUAUCCUUUUAAAGGAAUCAGUGAAGUCUGUUUAAUCUUGAAAGUAAAUAGCAUUUAUUGGUGUCAGAAGUGUCAUUGCAGAGUUAAGAUAAGUUAGCUUUUUAAGUGAGAGGAAGGAAGGAAGACCAUCGGCUUCAGAAUGAGACAGCUUUAGUGUGAGUGUGUGUGUGCAUGUAUCAGUUUUGCUUAAAACCACAUUCAGGAGUUCCUGCAACUGGCAGGUUGUUUCUGGUAGCGUGGCGGCAGAGGCCUUUAAACAACAUAAUAUGCUAAUUUUAGCUAAUCAUUGUAAAGCCACUGUGAGGGCUACUGAAUUAAACAUGAUAUAAGCCACAUAUUCAGUGCCUAUAUCUCUUUUAAUAUUGCAUUCUCAUCUCCAACUGUUUUUAUGACAGUUUUGUUAAGAAUCUACAUCCUGCUGCUCAGUUUCAGCAACUCAGUUUGUGUGUGUGUGUGUGUGUGUGUGUGUGUGUGUGUGUGUGUAUGUGUGUGUGUGUUGGAUCAGUUUUAUAAGUAAGCUUAUGUCAAAGGUCUGUAACAGUUUGUACGAACUGCAUUGUUGCUGUAUGUGGCUCUGUUGAUGUUGUUGUUGACACCCUGCCGGUAUUUGUCACAGAGAAAUUCUGGUAUGAAAAGAUGAAUGUACAUAAUUGUAAUAAAUUUGAUUUAACACAAAUUUCCUUGUUUAU